AUGCUUUAUUUAAAUAAUAUAUAUUUGCGAAUUUUCAGGUUUAUUAAGAAAUUUUUAUCAAAAUUAACAAAAAAAGAAAAAAAUAAUUAAAGAAUAGUUAAUGAUAUAAGAAAAGUGAAAGGGAUUUUUAAUGAACUUAUAACAAUAAGAAACAAACAAUUAAUCAAUCUAUCAAUCAUUCUUUAUGUAAAUAAAAAAAAUAUAAUCAAUAUUAAAAAUGUAUAAUUCAACUUAUUUUUGUCAAUUACUAAUUAAUGUUAAGUUAUUUAUUUUAAUAGAAAGGGAUAAACAUACACCAAUUAUUUUGUUUCAAUUUUUUAAUAUUAUGAUUGA